AUGCAUGCACCGUCCAACUACGGACUGACCAUUAUCACGAAGAUAUGCUUAUACCUCUUCCACGUCAAGAAUGGUGGUGCUCUGAAACUAAGCGUCAACCACCAAGAAGGGUACGCCGACUUCAUAGGAACAGGCGGUUCUCAAAAUUACUCCUGGAAUGUUAUACGAUCAGAAGCCGACGAAAUCAUGUACAAGCAUGCCGGGGAAAGUGGCGCGAAGACUUUCGAUGGCAUUAAAGUAAACACAAUCAGUUUUCAGAUGGCAGACUCGAGUGCAGAGCACACUGUGGCUGAACUUGGACGCCCAGUAUCCGCUUCGUGGACUAGGAAGAACGACAAGGCCACUGGCAUCAUCAAAUUUGAUUAUAUCGUUGACGCCAGUGGGCGCGCUGGUCUACUAAGCACAAGAUACUUAAAAGCCCGCAAGUACAAUCAGUCCCUUAAGAACGUCGCAAUGUUGGCAUAUUUCAAGGACGCUGCGACAUAUGGGAAAGGAACCGUACGAGAGGGUGCGCCCUUCUUCGAAGCUUUGCAUGAUGAAUCGGGAUGGGCUUGGACGAUUCCCCUUCAUGAUGGCACCAUGUCUGUCGGCGUGGUAAUGUCACAAGAAAUUGCAGCCAAAGCAAAAGCGAUAGCGGCCGACAAUCAAGAGUAUUAUAACAAUGCUCUCAAGCAGACACCCAAGGUCCUUGAACUACUCUCUAGAGCCAAACAGGUCUCGGAGUUGAAGUCUGCAUCAGAUUACUCCUAUCAUUCUCACAUCUAUGCUGUUCCUUUCGCUAGGAUCGUAGGUGACGCCGGCUGCUUCAUCGACCCGUUCUUCGCUUCCGGUGUUCACCUCGCCAUUACGGCUGGCUUGUCCGCUGCGACAACAAUUGCGUCUAGCAUCAGAGGGGACUGCGAUGAGGCCAUUGCGGCUGAUUGGCAUUCUGUUAAAGUUCGUCAAAGCUACAAGAGGUUCUUGCUUAUCGUUUUAUGCGCCUACAAACAAAUGAGGAACCAGAGCCAGGCUGUAUUGAGCGACUUCGGAGAAGACAAUAUAGAUAAAGCUCUCAACUUUUUCAAGCCGGUGAUUCAAGGCGCAGCUGACGCAACAAACGAGUUCAAAUCAAACGAUCUUGAAAAAUCAAUGGAUUUUGUUUACCAGUCUCUGCUCCAGAACCCAGGUAAAGGAACACAUGACCUCUCCACCGAAGAAGAAGCAUUGGGAGAUCCCUACUCAUUUGCAAGUGGCUACUUACCCUAUGAUGCCGCUAUCCAUUCGCCAAAAUCACAACACUUCAACGAAAAGUCAGGGGACUCUGAGACUAUCUAUGACCUGGCCUCAAAAUCAACGCCAUACGCAGCCGUUACGUCUCCCCAGGCUUCAGCACGUCAGCCGGAAAAGAAAAAUGAAUCAUCGCCCUGUGCAUCCUCCGCACCGUACGAUGUGAUUGUAGGAGCCCCAACUAAUGGCUCAACGCCAAACGUAGCCGUCAUGCCCUACAAAGCUGUAUUGAGCAAGCCAGCUAAAGCAUCAAAUCCAUAUGCUGCUAGCACGCCCUACGAACUUCUCGAGGGCAAGUCGUAUCAGAAUGAAAACGCAAACGCAAACGCAGCUGGCAAUAAAGCCUCGUACUAUCAAGAUGCGCCAGAUUUCGACGGUUUCACCACCAAUGUCGUUGAUGGACGAGUCCCAAGAGUUGAAAAGGGAAAUUUGGGAUUAGUCGCGGUGAAGGUCUGA